AUGGAGCUUCUUGCACUACUGGGACAAGCGGGAGACAUCGUGGACCAUGUAUUCCAUCUCACCGCCAUUCUUGUGGUCAUGAUGGACGAAAUCGGCCUCAUCUCCAGCCUGUGGGUCGUCUCUGAGCCCCCAGAGGCACUGCCGAGCAGCUUCAACGUGAAUCCUCUUUUCACGACGGUCACAUAUGCGAUCUCCCAGCCAUUGUGGACACUGCUAUUCUCGGCUUUCAAGAAACCAGCAUGGCAACCUUACUUGUCGGCGCACAUCAUCCAGAUCCUCAUCUCAAUUCACAGUAUGGCGGGUACAUACUCGUCAAGAUCUCUAUCCGAUCGACUGAUGAAGGGGGACAAACUUGGGAUAAUCUCUGCUUCGAAAUCAGCUAGAAGCGAAGCUGGAGCUCGUCCCUCCAUCAACGUUUACGCCAUCUAUCUCCUGCCCACCCAGACAGCAGCGAUCCUGCACGCCGCCAUCCUAAUCUGGAUAAAGAACUCUCGCAAUCCAGUCGCCAUGUACAAAGCGAGCAACGGCAGCGUGGUAGUAGUUUAUGUUGUUUUUAAUGAAUUCUACAACUACCUUUGGUGCACGGUUACUGGCCGAGCCUGGUGCUUCCGAUGUGGCCGUUACCUACGCUCUCAGCUGUACCACUUGGCACUACUGCUACUUCUGCGCCUCUGUGUUCGAACUGUGCUUAGGCUGGACAUGCUCCCAGCUUUGGCUUUGGUCCGUAUGGGGCUGAGCGAACUAGGUCUCUGA